UUCUUCUUCCGUCUCUCUCUCUGUCCCCACGCGCAACCCACCUCACUCACUCGCUCUCCUCUCCUUCCUCACAGUGCCGGACAGUUCAGAAUAGUAUACUACUAGUCCUCCACAUUCGCCAUUUGGGUUGCCAAAUCCCAUCCCAAAUGUACCCAAAAGCAGCCAUCUUUUAAAAGCUCUGGGUCUGCUUCCCUUUUUCCUCCAAUGGCUUCCGGGUGAAUGGAUCUUCCCCUUUCUUCUCGGCCGAAAGCAAAAAGGAAAUAUUCGCUUGCUCUCUACUUGGUCAGCUCAAGUCACUAGCACUUCCAUUUACCACUUGGAUCCGCUCCUCUUACUCUGGUUGAUCUCGCUUUGGAAAAAUGAGGAUGGUGGAGCUUUUGUGUACAGUACUAGUUCUUCUACUGUCACUCUUGAUAAAUGGGGAAGCUGAGGUUUACAUGGUGAUGAUGGAGGAAGAGCCAGUCAUAAGCUAUAGAGGAGGCAUUCCCGGGUUUGAGGCAACUGCUGUGGAGUCCGAUGAAAAGAUUGACACAACUAGUGAGGUGGUUACAUCCUAUGCGAAGCACCUUGAGAAGAAGCACGAUAUGCUUCUCGAUAUGUUGUUUGAUAGUGGAACAUAUCAGAAACUUUAUAGCUACCGGCAUCUUAUCAAUGGCUUCUCGGUUCAUAUGCCACCUGAACAGGUAGAAACCUUAAGGCGUGCUCCUGGAGUGAUAUCGGUGGAGAGAGAUUGGAAAGUUCAUAGACUCACAACACAUACACCACAGUUUUUGGGCCUUCCUACUGGAGUUUGGCCAACAGGGGGUGGCUUUGACAGAGCUGGGGAAGACAUUGUGAUUGGCUUUGUGGACUCCGGGAUUUAUCCUCAUCACCCGAGCUUUUCAACUCACCACGCUGAUCCAUAUAGACCACUACCAAAGUACAAGGGGAAAUGUGAGAUUGAUCCACAGACUAAGAGCGAAUUCUGCAAUGGAAAGAUUAUCGGAGCCCAACAUUUUGCUGAAGCUGCCAAAGCUGCUGGUGUCUUCAAUCCUGCUAUCGAUUUCGCAUCACCCCUGGAUGGUGAUGGACAUGGAAGUCACAUAGCAGCCAUUGCAGCAGGAAACAAUGGCAUUCCCGUGAGAAUGCACGGUCAUGAGUUUGGAAAAGCAAGUGGGAUGGCUCCUCGUGCUAGAAUCGCCGUGUACAAAGCUCUGUACCGGCUCUUUGGAGGGUUCAUUGCUGAUGUGGUGGCCGCAAUUGAUCAGGCUGUCUAUGAUGGAGUGGAUAUACUCAGCCUUUCUUUAGGUCCCAACAGUCCACCAGCAACAACCAAGACGACGUAUCUAAAUCCCUUUGAUGCUACCCUAUUGGCAGCUGUUAAAGCUGGUGUGUUUGUUGCUCAAGCGGCAGGAAAUGGAGGUCCAUUUCCGAAAACGCUGGUCUCGUAUAGCCCUUGGAUAACAUCUGUAGCAGCUGCCAUUGAUGACAGGAGAUACAAGAACCACCUUACUCUUGGAAAUGGAAAAAUCUUGCCUGGACUUGGUUUGUCACCCUCGACGCGACUGAACCAGACAUAUCCUCUAGUUUUUGCCAAUGAUGUCUUGCUAGGCUCUUCAGUGUUGAAGUACAAUCCUUCAGAUUGCCAGAGACCCGAGUUGCUGAACAAGAAGUUGGUUGAAGGGAAAAUCCUACUGUGUGGCUAUUCCUUCAGCUUUGUUUCUGGCACAGCAUCAAUCAAAAAGGUCGCUGAGACUGCCAAGAAACUCGGGGCAGCUGGAUUUGUUCUUGCUGUGGAAAACAGUACUCCAGGAGCAAAGUAUGAUCCCAUUCCUGUUUGCACACCUGGGAUUGUCAUCACGGAUGCAACCAAAUCUGCGGAUCUAAUUGAUUACUACAACAUAUCUACACCAAGAGACUGGACUGGUAGAGUGAAGAGCUUCAAUGCCAUUGGAAGCAUUGGAGAUGGGUUGAUGCCUAUACUUCACAAAUCGGCUCCCCAGGUUGCAUUAUUCUCUGCUCGAGGGCCCAACAUCAAAGAUUUCAGCUUUGGAGAUGCUGAUCUUCUGAAGCCAGACAUCUUAGCUCCCGGGUCUCUUAUUUGGGCAGCUUGGUCACCUAAUGGAACAGAUGAAGCAAAUUUUAUGGGUAGGUUGAAAGUUCACUCACCAUUUUACUUUGGAAGUUGCUUUCGAUAUACCUACUCUUUGUUUGUUAUUGCAGGAGAAGGGUUUGCAAUGAUGUCUGGAACUAGCAUGGCUGCACCACAUAUAGCUGGGAUAGCUGCGCUCGUAAAGCAGAAACACCCCGAGUGGAGCCCUGCUGCGAUUAAGUCAGCCCUAAUGACGACAUCCACAGAGCUGGACCGAGCAGGAAGGCCUCUUCAAGCACAGCAGUACUCAGAAACAGAAGCCAUGAAGCUUGGUCGUGCCACCCCUUUCGACUACGGAAGUGGUCAUGUGAAUCCAAGGGCUGCUCUCGAUCCUGGGCUCGUCUUUGAUGCAGGGUACACGGAUUACUUGGGGUUCUUGUGCACGACGCCCGGGAUCAAUGCCCACGAGAUACGAAACUUCACGAACAUGCGCUGCAACUACACCAUGGGCCACCCGUCGAACCUCAACUCGCCAUCGAUCACAGUGGCCCGCCUAGUGAAGACCUUCACCGUGACUCGCACAGUUACGAAUGUAGCCGAUGAGGAAGAGACCUACGUGAUCACCGCGAGAAUGGAGCCUGCGAUCGCCAUCGAGGUGAAGCCUUCGGCCAUGACUCUGAGGCCUGGUGCAUCGAGGAAGUUGACUGUAAGCUUAACUGUUCGAUCGGUGUCUGGAGGGUACAGUUUUGGGAAGGUGACAAUGAAGGGCAGCCGCGGCCAUAGAGUGAGAAUCCCAGUUGUAGCAAUGGGAUACUGGCGAUAGAAUAAAGGAAAUGCGAAUUUGGUUGGUUAGUGAUCUAUGAAUCAGAUUUCAGUGUUCUUAAUCAUGGUCUGGUUUGGUUGGGGGGUUGAGAUGAUAUAAUUCUUUUGUAUGUUGUACCAUCUGGUAAUAAUAGAGAAUAAGAGUGAGUUAGUUAGGAAGAUGUUUAUAUAUCAAGUACCAUAUUAUCAUUUAUUUUGCUAUUACCAGUACUUAUCUGAAUUGCUAUUUGUCGCCCUAAAAUUUAAAUUUUAUCGCCCUAAAUCACACUAAAUUGACACAUUUACCCCUAAUCUCCAUUUCUAAC